UGUUGGGUAUAUAUAUAUUUGGGGAACAAAAGAAAUCUUUGGUAAUAUCUUGAAAGGAGCAUCCGCCGGCUUCAAAAACUCAGCUCUUCCUACUCUCCUCCACCUUAUCCUUGUUUCCUCCUCAUAAACCCUUACCCUUCCCAUCAAUGGCUUCUCUUACCAACAAGCCUUUAUCUAUGGCAACAACAACCAAUGGUUGCCUUAUCUCCCUCCCUCCUUUCUUCACCACCAAAUCCAUCUCUUUUCUCUCCACCCCAUGUAAGCCCAUCUCCCUUUCCUCCUCCUCCUCCUCCUUAUCAUUAUCCUUUCAGAAGAAAACCACCCACUUCCCUGCUCUUGUUUCCGUUUUAGCUGAUGAUGAUACCCCCGCCAUUGCCUUUGAACAAGAUGCCCAAUCCUUUAACUUUGACUUUGAAACUAGUACUGGUGGUGAUGCAGGGGAGAGCGAUGAAGCCGAAGCUGAAGUCGAGGCGGAGGCGGAGGCGGAGGAGGAGGAGUAUCAAGAACCUCCUGAGGACGCGAAAUUGUUCGUUGGGAAUUUACCUUAUGAUAUAGAUAGUGAAGGGUUGGCUCAACUUUUUCAACAGGCUGGUGUUGUAGAGAUUGCUGAGGUUAUUUACAAUAGGGAGACUGAUAGGAGUCGUGGAUUCGGGUUUGUGACGAUGAGCACUGUCGAAGAAGCUGAGAAAGCUGUGGUGUUGUACAACCGUUAUGAUCUCAAUGGAAGGCUCUUGACAGUCAACAAAGCUGCUCGAAGAGGAACACAGCCAGAACGUCCACCUCGAACAUUUCAGCCUAAUUACAGAAUCUAUGUUGGCAACAUCCCAUGGGACGUUGAUGAUGCACGCCUUGAGCAAGUCUUCAGUGAACAUGGUAAAGUCAUAAGUGCCCGAGUGGUUAUUGACAGAGAGUCUGGAAGGUCACGAGGCUUUGGUUUUGUGACGAUGUCAAGUGAAUCUGAGAUGAGUGAAGCAAUCGCCAACCUUGAUGGACAGACUUUGGAUGGGAGGACAAUCAGGGUAAAUGCUGCUGAAGAAAGACCUAGGCGUAACAUGUAUUGAUUUUGAUCAGUACAUUUAUUUGUUUUAAUUCACAUAGCAGUCACAGUUCUGGAAGCUAUGAGCAGUUAGAAUUUUCAUCGAUGUCUUUAAUUUAGCUCUCUACUUGUAAGUUUUUAUUCGUUGAUUACUUAUAUAGGCACGGCGACUUUUUUUGUUGGGAGGUCUUUUUUCCGCUCUUGCCCUUUGGAAGUCAGAGGAUUGAAUGCUGUAAGAUUUUGAAUUCUAUUUGUGGUACUGAUUUGCCGUUGGCUUUAAACCA